AUGAUGCUUUUUCUGAUCUGCGCGGUGGCCGUUGCUGCUCAAUCUUGUGAGGACACUGAUAAAAUAAAAAAAUGGCAAGCAGUUCGAGAAAUAGACGAAAGCCUCCUCAACAAAAUCACAGUUGCGGCGAAAUUCUACCAGAAAUCAAUUUCUUACGGCGAGAUUGGGGACACCCUUAAAAGCUCAACCCUCAAAAAAGCUUAUGAGAAAAGCCUGACACAUCUGGACACGGCUUUUGAGAAUAAAUUUUGCAACCAUUACAAGCGAUUUGAACCAGUUCAGCAGCUGAUCGAGGCCGUCGACACAAAUUUCGACGAAACAAAAAUCGAUCUUGCAAUCGAGUCCCUCAAGGAACAAUCUUACGGAUCCGAUCUCACAGAAAACCUCCGCGAAUUGCUCUGGAAUUCUUUACUCUUUUGCGUCUACGAACUCCACGGAAUGAUUGAAGCGCAAGCUAUAGUUGAUGAGAAUGUUGAGUACUACAAGUCGAAGAUCAUUACUGGAGAGGCUUUUGAAAUGAAACUCGAAUAA